AUGGUUUGGAAAAUACUGUUUUCUAUACUGUUUCUUGCAAAAUACGCAUAUCUGGCACCCACAGAUGAGAUUUGUCAGUUGGGAUCGUCGAGAAGCUGUGUGAUUGCUCUGAAGUUAGCUGUGGAAAAGUCCUCAUCAGGUUACUGUACGGAUAUUGAAAGAUACUGUAACGAUGAGAACAAGUAUUGCUUUGCUGGAUAUUCGAAAAGUAUCGACCAAAUCUGUGGGCACGCAAAGGUCAGAAGAAAUGAACCGACGUCAUUAACACCCACGCGCCCGACGAUUCCAACAAAACUAACUACCACGCCCCCUGAACUAUCAACCACCACAGCUUCUGUACCGACAACCACAACAUCGGUACCAACUACCACGACUACCGCACCAACUACCACAACUACCGUACCAACUACCACAACUACCGUACCAACUACCACAACUACCGCACCAACUACCACAACUACCGUACCAACUACCACAACUACCGUACCAACUACCACAACUACCGUACCAACUACUACAACUACCGUACCAACUACCACAACUACCGUACCAACUACCACAACCACCGUAACAACUACCACAACUACGGUACCAACAACCACGACUACCGUACCAACUACCACGACUACCGUACCUACUACCACGACUACCGUACCUACUACCACGACUACCGUACCAACUACAACGACUACCGUACCUACUACCACAACCACCGUACCUACUACCACGACGCCCGUGCCUUUUGUGUACACAGAGCCCACAGCUUGCAUGUUAAUGUUUAGGAACAUAACUGAAGAACGGGAUAAUAUUGACAUUUCGUUCAAAAGUGAACCUGAUCCGAACAGUAAGGACAUGAGAUGUUUUUCUUUCCUUCACGAUUUUAGUCUGUCGAGGUUGAAUUCUUUCGAUGAACUUUGUGGGCGGAAGGAAGAGUCAGAUGAAUUGAAAAAGGUAAU